AGAGAGAGAAAAGGACCCCGCGCACGCGCAGCCUGGGCCAUCCGUUUCCUCCCACUUCUUCCCACUUUACAUACAACCCAAUCGCGACCCGCUAUCUCGGCCGCCCACCAAGGCUUCUUCAUCAUACAUUCAUUCGCUCAUUCGGAAAUCUCAGUUCAUUCUCCAGCUGGCAUGUAGAAUGAUCAAGCAUCCUUUGGUUCUUUGAUCCCGCCGCCUCCAAGCCGUGAUCCACGAUCUUGCAUGGGGCUUCCAUCCGUCUCUCUUCUUUGCAUCUCGCAGGAUACCCGAUUCGCCUCGUGAGCCUCCACCCUUUGACCGAACGAAUAUACACCGUCGCCCCUCUUAAGCCUCUGCGGCCCCGUCUUCCCAGCCUUCUGGUUCCCUCUUCUUGGGGUGCCCUCCAAUAACAGCUACCGUAGUGGCCCUCUCCACCCGCCGGGCAGAGCAUUGGCCAUGGCGGGCUUCUUAUCCAAUAUGUUUCCCUCUUCGCUGGGUCCGAAGGACACCCUGACGCCCACUUCAGAGCGUCCCAGCACGCCAACUAAAAACAACUUCGUCGCCCCCGUCUCGACGCCCCAGGGUAGCCCAAGCAAGAGGACAAUGCCUCCCGGCGCCCACGAACUCCCUACCGCCUUCGACAACGUUUUGAAGCCCAGCCCGAGCGCUCUUGAUACCCCGGUCAAGUUUGGCCAGCUUCUGAAUGGAAAUGGGCCUCUAUCUCCCGCCAAGAGCAACAUCCAACCCACCGAUGACGAUCGCUCCGCCGCUACGUCUCCGAGUGUUGAUACUAGCAUCAUCCACAAGAAUGGCCAGUCCGCGGGCAGCCCGCUAAAGAGGCAGGGGCAGGAAAAUACGCCGCCGUCUAGGAUACCCAAGUUGGACUCCAUGUUCCAGCACAACCAAGCCGCCCUCUCGCGUCAAGAGCCCUACCAGCUCCGAGACACCAGGCCAAUAACACCGGCGACCAAAAGAUUUAACACGUCUCGCGGUCUCACCCCUGAGGAGAUGGAGAUUCUCAAGAAGCCCAGCGUCCGUCGCCUGGUCAAUGUAACUCAAUUAUAUUUUCUAGACUACUAUUUCGACCUGCUCACCUACGUUAGCGCCAGGCAGACGCGGUUGAACGCCUUCAAGGCUGAGGUGCCUGCCCCGCCAGAGACGGACCAGGAAGAGUACGACCAAUUAUGGCACAAGUAUACCGGUAGGGAGCGAGCCGCCCUACGUAAACGUCGCGUGCGCCUUCGGCACGGCGACUUCCAGAUCCUUACGCAGGUCGGCCAAGGGGGCUAUGGUCAGGUGUUCCUAGCCCAGAAGAAAGACACCAAGGAAGUAUGUGCCUUGAAAGUCAUGAGCAAGAAACUACUCUUCAAGCUGGAUGAGGUCCGGCAUGUCCUCACGGAGAGGGAUAUCCUCACGACUGCUAAUAGCGAGUGGCUUGUUCGCCUCCUGUACUCUUUCCAGGACGACAAGAAUAUUUAUCUUGCUAUGGAAUACGUACCAGGCGGCGACUUUAGGACCCUGCUCAACAACACAGGCGUCUUGUCGAACCGUCACGCUCGCUUCUACAUCGCCGAGAUGUUCUGCUCGGUGGACGCGCUUCACAAGCUAGGCUAUAUCCACAGAGACUUGAAGCCGGAAAACUUCCUCGUCGACUCUACAGGGCACGUGAAGCUGACCGACUUCGGCUUGGCCGCCGGCAACGUCGCGUCGUCGAAGAUUAAUUCGAUGCGUAUUCGCCUCGAGAAGGCUUCCGAGACGGAGGUGCCGUUUGGAAAGGCGAUGGACAAGCGCACCGUAGCAGAGCGUCGCGAAGGCUACCAGACCAUGCGGGAGAAGGAUACGAAUUAUGCGAAAUCCAUAGUAGGAUCUCCGGACUACAUGGCCCCAGAGGUGCUGCGUGGCGAAGAGUAUGACUACACUGUCGAUUAUUGGAGCUUAGGAUGCAUGCUGUUCGAGGCUUUGACCGGCUUCCCCCCCUUUGCAGGCUCCACCGCGGACGAGACGUGGCACAAUCUGAGGCACUGGAAGGAUGUAUUGAAGCGCCCUGUCUGGGAGGACCCGAGCUAUUUCUUGAGCAACCGCACCUGGAACUUCAUCACGACGUGCAUCAACUCGAAGUCGAAGCGAUUUUCCAAUAUUAAAGAUAUCUUCGGCCACCAUUACUUCGCCGAGGUAGACUGGGAGACCCUAAGGCAGUCCAAAGCCCCGUUCGUCCCCGAGCUGGACUCCGAGACGGACGCGGGCUACUUUGACGAUUUCACCAACGAAGCCGACAUGGCCAAAUACAAGGAAGUCCACGAUAAACAGCAGGCCCUUGAGAGCAUGGCCGAAAGAGAAGAGGAGAUGGGCAAAGGUCUCUUCGUCGGAUUUACAUUUCGUCACCGGAGAACCAAUACCGACGACGGAAGCCCGCGCAAGCGGAUUCAGACGGACGAGACGUUUGGCACGAUGCUCUAGGAUAGGCGUCCGCCAUCUAAAUUCAUAUGGCGCCCGCGUGCUUUGUUCGAGCACCGCGGCCCGGCCUGUUCGCCGCGCUAGCUGUUGACGAUAGGAGGCGACGAUGAGGCAUGAUAUCAGGGAUCAUUCCCAUGAGACGAGAGAAUAUGUGGUCCAAACGUGUUUCCUUUUGUUGUUUUGGCCGACGAAGGCUCCUCGGAUGGAGCAGCUGGCUUCGGACGGGCGUUAGAGGGUCUCACGUGCAUUAGGUAGUGUACUCGGAGUUCGAGAGCAGAGGGUUUAAUAAGGGGGAUACGCGUAUCUAGUAGCACGCUGGUCUCGCGAGGUAUACAUGGGGGGAGGGGCGCAGGCAUCGGGGGAGGUAGAGACAGCCAUAGUCGUGUAAAACAGUGUCGCAAUAGACUGCUUUAAUCAAGUAGGUAUUAAUUGG